AUUAGUAUGGCAGCCUAUGUUUUCAUCUCUCAUCCUUUCACUGAAAACAUUUAUGAUUGUGGUAUCUCCAAGCCCUAUGUGGAGUGAAUUUGAGUUUUUUCUACUACAGAACUUCUUCCAUCCUCAUUUCCUUUGCUGGGAGAUUGUUAUGGAACUUUGGUGCUUUAUGGUGCGUCAUGCUGAGAUAGAAAUGGUGGUGGGCAUUAUUGAUAAACUUUGCUCAUUAUUGAAGUCAGUGGCAUCUAUACAACCAGUUCUUGCUCCCAGUUAUCCUCUGAGAAAAAUGGCAAGAUCAAUCUGCAAAAUUCUGAGUUCUGGUACAGAGUCUAUAGUAGAUCAAGUUUACAGUUCCAUUGUUGGGGAUGAUAGAUCACAAUUGUCAUUGGUAAUGCACAUUGCAUUGCUCAUGGAAGGUUUCCCACUGAAUUUACUAUCGGAUAGCAUGAAGAGUAUUGCUACCCGGAGAAUCAUGACCGAUUAUUUUGGCUUCAUAGAUAGUUUUGAUGACAAAACAUUGCAAGCGUGUAGUUCUGGUGUUUUUGGUCUACCAGUUUUUGCUCUGUCUGCUGCCUUGCAGUCCAUUGAGGUCAAAACAUCUGAUAUUGACACGAAGACCCUGAGGUUUUUAGUUGCAAUAAUUCAAAAGUACAGAAGUUCCAUGGACAAUCUAAUGAAAGAUCAUUGUCGUAAGCUUCUGACUGAAACAUUAGGGAUCGUCUCAAAUAUGAAGCAUCUAUAUGCAUCUGAUGCAAUGGAAGAAGUCAUCUUGGAGCUUCAAAACCUGUUUAUCUCAGGGCAAGCAGCUUCAGAUACUCAAUUGUAUGAAUGCAAACCAGAUCUGGCUUCUUUCCUGGCCGGCCUUGCUUACAUGAAAAUAGUAGAAAGUGAUAAAAAUGCCAAGAGCUCUGCUGUAUGGGAAUUGUAUCGCAUGUUACUGAGUGAGCGUCACUGGGCAUUUGUCCAUCUGGCAAUCACUGCCUUUGGAUACUUUUCUGGACGUACUUCUUGUGAUCAGCUAUGGAGAUUUGUGCCACAAAAUGCAGCUCUUUCAUUUGAUUUAGAGUCAGGAGAUGAGGCAAAUGAGGAGAGAUUUACAUCUGAGUUCAAGGCAUUUCUUGAUAAGGAAAUGACACUCACAGUUACACCUAGCUCUGAGCAGCUGGGGCUGCAUUUGAAGGAAGGUCUGAUGCUGAAAGAAAUGGUUCUAAAGAUGUCAAAAGUUGAUACAGAAGCUGUGGGAUGUGAAAUCAUGAAGAUUGACAAUGAAAACAAGCCAACAAGAGAAGGAAGCUGCCUGAUGGAAUUAGCAAAGGAAUGGAAAUGCUGCAGCAUGGUCUGA